UGCUAUCUCUUUAUCGCUCCUCUUGUCUUCUUCCUUUCUUUCCUUCAGUAAACGUGUUUUGAAACGAUAAUGCGCAAAAAAGACCUGAUCCAGUCUACGGCGCGUUUCUGUGGGAAGGUGAACACGCCUUCCCAGCAGAAUAAAGCGUGAUUACCCCAAGGACCGGUUCCGUCACCCUUUCCCCGGCCAGGUCCACGUCCCCAGACGUCGGAGAAGGGGUUGGGCCGCGCAGCGGGGCCUCUGAAGUUGCCGAGAGCCCCAGUUAAAUGCGGGCAGCCAGUGGCUACGCGGUCUCCUAGCGACAGGGCGGCGGCAGGGCACACACACCGCCCCGGGCGGUGGCCGCGGAGCUAGGGCCAGCAUGGCGGACAGCAGGCGGCGGCUCGGGCCGGGGACGUUGGCCCGGGUGCCUGAGGGCGUGAACUGCAGGUCCGGGAGUUUCACAAAGCAUAAGAAUGGGCUGAAGUUCCCCACGUUCCUGAACAGCCGGCAGUGGGUAUUUCUAAGAAAGGCGCUGGAUGACUUCAAGAAGGGCUGCCCCCCUUGCACCGGUCUGGCCACUCAGGUCCCUGAGGAGGGCUUUCUGCCCCGGCUUUAUCACAGAGCUCCCCAGCUGGACCCAAAGAAGAGGCAGAUCAAGCUGCCCAAGGAAGCAGACCUGCUUUCCAAGCUCUCGCCAGCCCAGCAGGCUCGGAAGGCAUUCCUGGAGGAUGUGGAGGCCCGCCUGACCCCACAUCCCUUGGCGUUCCACCCAAAUCUGGAAGAAGCUAUGCCCGUAGAGCUCUUAUUAAGGGUGCUGGAAGUGCUCGAUCCUGACCAGAAGCUGGAGGACACAUGGGCUUAUUGUCAGGAUGCAAGGAAGGGAAUGAAGGAACCCACAAAGCUUUUAAAACAAUGUUCUACCCAAGUCUACCUGGGACCUUCCAAGAAGACUUCUGUGUCAAAUUCAGGCCAAUGGCUUUAUGAAGAAAAUCCACAUAAAAUGGAUUUGUCCCAUGAAAAUGGUCUUCGUCUUCAUGAAAAUGUACGCAAAGCAGUUAGUGACUUCUGCAGCUGGGUUACUACUUUUGGAAGUUCGGCCAUUGAUGAAGAGUUCAUCUUGAAACAGUUUGACGUUGACUAUCAGACCGAACCAAGCCAUGAUGCACUCCACACGGUGAGGCUAAAUCAGGUUCCUCUGGAGAUAAAGCAUAGCUCCAGUGUGGGGCUCAGUAAACUGCAGGAGCCAGAGUUCUUCCAGAAACCAGGAUACGAGAGGAAACUCCAGAAACCACAGAAUCCUUGUAAGCCAAAGUGGGUGAAGAUGAAGUAUAGAGCGUGGUAUUUGAACCCCAAGUUCUGGAAAAAGCAAAGAGCUGACGAGCCUCUGGUUGACCGUGAGGUCCCACAUAAAGCUCAAGAGAAGAAUUUUAAAAAGGAGCUUCAGGAACAGGAGGAGUCACUUGCAGACCUUCAUGGAACAGUUGCCUUUAAGGAUUUCAUUCUAAGCAGGGGCUACCAGAGGCCACGUUUCCUUAAGAAUAUAUAUAUCGGGAAGGAAUGUAAACUUGCAUGUAAUAAGUCUCCUAUAAAACGAACUCAAGCAUAGAAGAAUCAUAGGAGAAUGAUUAAGCACAUUUUAUUACUAUAUACUUGGCUAUGUCUCUGUCUCCUUUUAAAGAUUAAACAAAAUUUGUGAUGAGUGUCCCACUGUGGAUGUUCAACUUUGACUUGGCAACAUCUAUUAAUGGAAUAACUGAUGCUUAUACAUGUUUCUCAAUGGAUUUCUGCUUCAGUUAAUCAACACUUUGUAUACUUUAUCAUCCAUGAGAUCAAUAGUCACAUGUAAUCUCAUAUUUUUGUAACGCUAUCAAUAUUAUAUAGUCAUAUUAACUAUUUGUAAAAAUAAAUAAAACCAUAAAUAAAAACAGAAUUACUCUAUUACCUUUUC